AUGACGGACGGGAACAGACCACCACCGGUUGUGGUUAAGGAUCAAAGUAGCACAACUUUACAGUGUCCAAUGUUAACCGAAACAAAUUACAACAUCUGGGCGAUUCGUAUCAAGGCAGUAUUCAAGGUUCAUGGAAUACAGCAAGCUUUAGAACCAGGCGAAAAGGAGGUAGAUGCCAAAAAGGAUGACAUGGCAGUUGCACUUCUACUUCAAGCAAUACCCGAAGAGCUCGUGUUUCAGGUAGCUCAGUUUCAGACUGCAAAGGAAAUCUGGGAAGCGUUGAAGACACGGUAUGUUGGGGUUGAACGGGUUCGAGAGGCAAAGCUUGAGCAACUGGAAAAUGAGUUCGAAUCCUUGAAGAUGAAAGAAACAGAGACAGUUGAUUCUUUCGCAGGCAGAAUAAGUCAGUUGGUUACCAAGGCAGCCAGUUUGGGAACCACCUAUGAAAACAGAAAACUUACCAGAAAAUUGUUAGGUUCCAUUCCAGGGAAGUAUGUUCCAAUUGUAGCUUCAAUUGAACAAUUUGCAGAUUUGAAGACUAUGACGUUUCAGGAAGCGGUCGGUAGACUGAAGACGUUCGAAGACAGGAUUAAGGGUAUCGAGUCUUUAGCAGAAAAUCAAGGUAAUCUAAUGUUUGCCAAUGGUGAGUCAUCCUCGAAAUCCAAAUCCUAUGGAAAUGCGCGAGGGCAUGGGCGAGGCGGUUCAAGUUACCGAGGAUGUCCGGAUCGUAUGAAGAAACAAGAUGAAGCUAACUUAGCUAAAAACGAUGAUUUUGAUCCAUCAUUAUUCAUGAUGAGAUGUGAUCAAGAGACGGUUUUUCUAAAUGAAGAAUGGGUGAAUCCAAAGCGUUUCGAGACUGAGCCAAUGGAGAAAGACACUUGGUAUCUCGCAACGGAGCAUCGAAUCACAUGA